AUGCUGGCACGUACUGUUUUGCGCAGCGUGCCCUCCCGGGGUAUCGCCCGCCAGUCGUUGAGCAAGACCACUACGCGUGCGUCUUCCUCGACAGCCGGUGCCGAAGCCGCCAGUUCCCCCUUCCACCUCACACUCACUGCGUCCGUCGCAACCGCUGCCGCCAUCGGAUCCGCCGCUUGGUACUACAGCCUCUAUGGAAAGGAAGCUUUUGCUAUGACACCCGCUGAGGAGGGAUUGCAUCCUACCCAGUACCCCUGGGAGCACGCCAAGUGGAACAAGACCUUCGAUCACGCCGCUCUCCGCCGUGGUUUCCAGGUCUACCGUGAGGUCUGCGCCAGCUGCCACUCUCUUACCCGUGUGCCCUGGCGUUCGUUCGUUGGUGUCAUGCACACUGUCGACGAGAUGAAGGCCUUCGCCGAAGAGAACGAAUACGACACCGAGCCCAACGACCAAGGCGAGAUCGAGAAACGCCCCGGAAAGCUCUCUGACUACAUUCCCCCUCCCUACAAGAACGAGGAGGCCGCUCGUGCCGCCAACGGUGGUGCUCUGCCCCCUGAUCUCAGCUUGAUCGUCAAGGGUCGUCACGGUGGCUGCAACUACAUCUUCAGCCUUCUGACCGGUUACCCCGAUGAGCCCCCUGCUGGUGCUCAGGUCGCCGAGGGCAUGAACUUCAACCCUUACUUCCCCGGCACCGGUAUUGCCAUGGCCCGUGUCCUGUUCGAUGGUGUCGUUGAGUACGAGGAUGGCACCCCUGCCACCACCUCCCAGAUGGCCAAGGAUGUCACUGAGUUCCUCAACUGGGCUGCGGAGCCUGAGAUGGAUGACCGUAAGAAGAUGGGUGCCAAGGCCCUCGUCAUCCUGACCGGUCUGUUUGCCCUGACCGUCUGGGUCAAGCGUUACAAGUGGGCCCCCAUCAAGACGAGAAAGAUCGUGUACAGCCCUCCCGUUCCCCGGCGCUAGAAUGCUGCAGUGGACAUGUAUGAAAUACCAAAAGUGAAGGCAUAGAUGGCGAAUGGCGAGCCCAGAAAAUCGUCCGGUUCGGGUCGUCGGCAGUCCUUCAUACGUCGGUUUUUUGUCUAUGCUUCUACUGCAUGUUUGUUUGUUACAAGUUACUCAGGACUCCUGUAUCUGUACCCUAGAUAUUUCUUCUCCUUUUGAAAAUCUCGUUCGAAGAUCCAAAGAUGUCAAUUCAUUUUCCUUUGUCAUGUUAGAGCCUCUUUUCGUGCGCUUUGCGAGAUACAAAUUCUGCAAGAUAUAACCUGCGCAGUAUCCGAGUUUAGAUCUACCCUGUGGGCACGGAUGGCUUCGUGAACGGGUCAAGAUGUAUGUACUAGUCCAUGGAUUUGCUUUCGUCUAUCAAUUGCUAUAUAACAUAGUCGAACCU